AUGGGCAUGGGCAUUUACAUCCGGGAUUGCUACACUGUCUACAUUGAUUCACACAUACGGAAAGAGGGCACUCCUGGCUUUCUUUGCGCUCACUGUUUAAUGCUAUACAUGAACUGCAUUGGUCACUACCACUACAUCCGGCACAACACCAGGGACAGCAACUACAGUCCCCCAAAUAGUGACAACUAG